CACAAGCAAGAUCAAAGAAACAUAGAUCACCUGUAGAUUCACUAGUUCCAUACUUUUACAUAGAAAAAGAAAAAUUACAUGAUGGGUGUGUCAGCAGCAUUGGCGUGCCUCCUUUGCACACUCCUGCUGUCAGAGGCCACGACCACCGGUACUGCGGAGACCGUGAAAUUGACAACCACCCCAAUCUUCCCUCAAAUCCCACGGGGCCAGACAAACAAAGACUUCCAGGUCCUGGUGCGCCUCGAGGCGCCACCGGCGGCGGGUCACCAUGGGCGGGUCCCCAUCGACCUCGCCGUGGUGCUCAACGUCGGCGGCGGCACGGCGAGCAGGCUGGAUUCCGUGAAGAAGGCCGUCCUGUUCAUCAUCAGGCAGCUCCACGACGACGACCGUCUUGCCGUCGUCGGGCCGGCCAACAACCGGCUCUUCGGAGAGACUGCCACCGGGUUUCUCGACAUCCGUGAUGGCCGGCGUCAUGCAGAAAGCUCAGUGAACAAGCUACAGCCCCGUGAUGGCCAUUCUCAGCAAGCUUCUGGGUUGAAGGAGGCCAUCAAGAUGCUUUCGGAACUUCCGGCGAGCUCGAGCAGCCGCGCGAGCUUCAUCAUCUUGGUGACGGACACGAAGGAGAGCAGCAGGUUCAGCAAGCUGCCCCGGGAGUUCCUCAAGAACCACCCCGUCGUGCACACGAUCGGCGUGGGCGCGGCGCACGACCCAAAGGCGCUGCUCGCCGUCGCCGAGGAAUCCGGCGGCACCUACUCCUUCGUCGACGACCGGAACGUCGACGGCAUCGCCGGCGCCGUCGCCGUCUGCCUCAGCGGGCUCAAGGCCGUCGCUGCCGUUGGCACGCGCCUCCGCCUCGAAGCCGCCGCCGGGACCGGGGUCAGGGUCGAGAGGGUUGAGUCGGGGGGCUACAGCACCGCUCUCGCCGGGGACAGGGCGUCCGGCGAGGUCACCGUCGGCGCCCUCUACGCCGGCGAGGCGAAGAGCUUCAUCAUCCACCUCCAAGUGCCCGCGGUUCCUCCGACGUCGACCUCCGUCGACGGCGCCGCUUGCGACAAGCAGCACCUGCUCACCGCCAGCUUCGUCGUCGGCCACGGCACCGCCACCGGAUACGGAGACGCUUCUCCGCCGACGAUCCAGGCCAUCUUGACGGUGCAGAGGCCGCCGGCUGAAGGCAUCGCCGCCGCCGCCUCCGCCACGCUGCAGAGAGUCCCCGUCCCCGUGGUGAUGGACCACAUCGUCCAGUUCGGCGUGCUGGACAUGGUCACCACCUUCGUCGAGAACGAGAUCUGGGAGCUCAGCUCCAUCACCGCCGAAGUGGGCGCCGCCAUGGCGGCGAAGCUCCAGAGCCGGUGGGAGGAGUUCGUGCAGGCUCGCCAGUUCUGGAGCGGCCUGGACCUGGGAGCCUUCGAGGUCGAGAUCAGCAAGAUGGUGAGCAUCCUCGCGGCGGCGGGUAGCAGCGGUGGCUCGUCGUCGCCGGCGUCGGCGUCGACGGCGUACAUUCUGUCGUGGCUGUCGAGCUACCAGAUGCAGCGGCCGACGGCCAUGGGCUCGCCGAGCAGCGUCGCCCCGGCGUUCGUCACGCUGAGCAUGCAGCUCACGGUGCAGCAGACGACGACGAUCCUCGUGGCAGCGCCUGGAAACGUCGAUGGCGGCGGCGCCGGCUGCCCGCCGUGCGAGUGUGACGAUGCCUGCGUGGAGCCGGUGCCGCCGCCGGUGUUUGUGGCGUCGGGACGGCACGACGACACCUACCGCGUCAACGGCGUGUACCCGCCCGUGUUGAUGGACGCCAUCAACCAAGCUGUUAACCAAAUGUACCUGGCCUUGGUUCAAGCGAGCAAUGUGAAGAGAUGCAACUCCUCCAACGGCGAGGUGCCGCCACAGCCACGGGCAAUCGCAUGAUCCGACGAGGAGAGAUGGCGAUGAUGGAGCGCGUUCUUGGAAGUGCAACUCUACCUUAUAUCCACGCUCAUCAUCGACCGAUCCAUAUAUAAGUAUAUGUACGUUGUGCCUGCAAUUUUGUUUGAGUAGUGCUGUUGUACUAUGCGUUGAGAAAUAAACUAGCUGCGGGCUGGUCACCGAUCAUGUCUUCAUGUGUGUACUUGGUGUUUGCGUUCCAUGUGACAGUGUUCACUUGUGUUCUCCUAUGUAUCAUGGAUCACAUCGUGUACGACAAUGGUGUUAUGGAAUAAAUAAAGGAUCAAUGCAGUAGAACU